AUGGUUCCUUCAAUGAAAAUGAAUUCCCUUGUUGCAAAAACCAAACUUUACCCUCCAAUGGAUUCAAAAACCAAAAUUUGUACACCAAUGGAUUCAACUUGUAGCAGCAGUGGCAGUAGCUGUAGCAGCAUCAGCAGCGAGAGCGAUGAGAGUCCCUUCUCUUCUCAGAGGUUGCAACUUCCAUGCAUUCCCGUUUCUGGGUUCUCCCAUUCUCACCGAUCAUUGGCGGUUCUUUCAGGCCACGUUGGCUCAGUUUCUUCCUUGGCCCUGUGCGGCGAAUUCAUUCUAAGUGCCUCACAGGGUAAGGAUAUCAUAGUGUGGCAACAACCAGAUUUAAGGUUGUUUGCAAAGUUUGGCCAAGGUGAUGGGUCUGUGAAAGCCCUUGCAACGGUUGGAAACAAGGUUUUCACUGCACAUCAAGAUAGCAGGAUCAGGGUUUGGAAGGUGUCAAGGAGUUCAGAGAAUGUGUUCAAGCUUGUUGACACUCUUCCCACAACCAAGGACUAUUUGGGCAAGUUCAUGAAGCAAAGUAACUAUGUCCAAACUCGGAGGCACCAUAAGCGUUUGUGGAUUGAACAUGCAGAUAGCAUUUCUUGCUUGACAGUUUACAAUGGGUUUAUUUACUCUGGAUCAUGGGAUAAGACCCUUAAGGUGUGGAGGCUCUCGGAUUUAAAGUGUUUGGAGUCUAUUAAGGCUCAUGAUGAUGCCAUUAAUGGGUUGGUGACGUGUAAAGGGGUUGUGUAUUCUGCUUCUGCUGAUGGGAAGAUUAAGGCUUGGGGAAAGGAGGGGAAAGGGUCACAUUGUUUGAGAGGGGUUUUGGAGGGUCAUAAAGAUGUUUCCUUUAAUUCUGUCAUUGUUUCUGAUGAUGGGAAAUGGGUUUACGGAGGGGGUUCGGAUGGUUUUGUUAUGGGGUGGGAGGGGAGUGGAAGUGGGAGUUUUGAGAGUUGGAAGCUUGUCUCUGAGACCAAGGCACAUGAAAUGGCUGUUUUGUGUAUGUGCCUAACGGGGGAGGUUUUGUGCAGUGGCUCAGCGGAUAAAACCAUUGGUAUUUGGAGGAGAGAAGCUUUUGGUAAGCUUUGUAAAGUUGGGAUCAUAAGUGGCCAUGAAGGGCCAGUGAAGUGUUUGCAAGCCUCAUCUAAUAGAAUUGGUGGUGGCUUUUUACUAUACAGUGGAAGCCUUGACAAGAGCGUGAGAGUUUGGUGGGUUCCAAGGCAUAAUAAUGCACAAAUAGAGGACAACACUACAACACUCAAUGAAUCCAUCAUCCAGUGUUAG